AAAAAUCUCUGAAACCAAAGACACGCGCUCUUCUGACGAAACAAUUGAUUUCCUCUCGCUCUCUCUCCUCCAAGAAGCAAAAACUUUUCCGAGAAACAAACAUGGACUCCAAUCCUGUAAACUGGGAGUCACUCGACACCUUAAUUGUCGAUUUCGUCAAAGCAGAGAGCUUAGUCGAAGACUCCUGUGCCUCUCCCUCUCCAUUAUCUUCUCCUUCUUCGUCUUCUUCUCAUUCCUCUGCUUCGCUUUCUUCUUCGUCUUAUCAUUCAAGGUUGAUCAUUCGUCAGAUCAGGCGGGCGUUAGAGGCUGGUGACAUUGACGCCGCGAUUGAUCUCCUCCGUUCUCACGCGCCAUUUAUCCUCGAUGAUCAUAGGCUCCUCUUUCGUUUGCAGAAACAGAAAUUCAUUGAGCUGUUGAGGGGAGGAACUGCGGAGGGUCGUGACUCUGCAAUUGAUUGCUUGAGGACUUGUCUUGCUCCUUCUGCUCUUGAUGCCUAUCCUGUGCGUGUUUUAUGCAAUAUAUUUACUCGUCCUUUUCUUUUUCCCCCCUUUAUCGGUGAAAUUUUAUUGAUGUCCAAGAAGUGUGAAAUGUUAUUACUGCUGCUUGGCUUUUAGAAAUACUGUGGAGAAGUUACUAAUAUUUCAG